CGGUGGCGUCGGCCCUAUUUCCCGUGUUGCACUGCGGGCCUUUCUCUUUCUCUUCCGGUCCCAGGCGCUGCGGGAGCGGCGGGUUACCGUGCAGACAUGGCCAAGUCCAAGAACCACACCACACACAAUCAAUCCCGCAAAUGGCACAGAAAUGGCAUCAAGAAACCCCGGUCACAAAGAUAUGAAUCUCUUAAGGGGGUCGACCCCAAGUUCCUGAGGAACAUGCGCUUUGCCAAGAAGCACAACAAGAAAGGCCUGAAGAAGAUGCAGGCCAACAAUGCAAAGGCAAUGAGUGCGCGUGCAGAAGCCAUCAAGGCCCUGGUGAAGCCUCAGACCGUUAAACCCAAGAUGCCAAAGGGCCCCAGCCGCAAACUCAUCCGCCUGGCUUUCAUCGCUCACCCCAAGCUUGGGAAGCGGAUUCGAAGCUACAUGGCCAAGGGGCGUAGGCUCUGCCAGCCAAAGCCCAAGGUUCAAACCAAGGCAGAUGCCAAAGCUCCAGCUAAGGCCCAGGCGUCAGCUCCAGCCCAGGCUCCCAAAGGUGCCCAGGCCCCAGUGAAGGCCCCAUAGAAAAGGCGCCUACCAGUGCAAAGACAGAUGGACUGCUGUGACACCUACCCACACGCUGUUUGCAGAUGACCAGGGUCCUAUGCUGUUUUUACAAAUAAAUUUGAGGCUAGA